AUGACCACCGUCGUCGCCAAUUCCCCGAUCCCUGUGCAGCAUGUGGCACCAGCUGCUGCUGACGGGUCCGCCUUGAGCAGAACAUAUGCUGCCAUUGCGCCCUCCACUUUGUCACCUCACAUCGUGACGCCCACCUCCAAGCACUCCAAACUGCCUGAUCACAAUGCUUCACCUACCUCCUCCAGUAGUGAUGCAGCCAUGCAGCAGCAGAGAGCGGAGGGAAAGCGCUCACCUCUUUCAUCACGCGGCCCCCCAGCUCCCAGAAUAGUCGUCAAGAAGGAGCCUGCCUCGCCAGAUAUGCCCACCACCACCACCACACGCCAUCGCCCUCGACGCCUGGACCUGUCUAACCACAACAUUGUCCACUCCUCCGGCGCCCUCACCGCCAGGCCUUCUGGCCCAGGCAGUGCCAACGUCAUGGACAUGGGUCUCGCAUGUCUGUCCCCUGGCUUCCACACCCAGGACCCUACCAUGCGCUCGCAACUCCAGCGCAGUCUGGACGUCAGGGAGAGGCAGAGGCAGAUUAUCGAGGCACGCCAGAAGAACGGCGCCAAGGGCGCCUCAGUCGACGAGGAGCCCCCACGAAACACCGAGGUCGGCGCAUUUGGAAGGCCCAUCAAGACUCCUCACACAUCUCGCAGGAAGGGACCCCCUCCAGGCCUGUCCAUUGCACCUCCUGCACACCAGACGUUCGCCAACGACAGGAUCAUCCAGUCGGCACCCAUCAACCAGACCUUCACUGGUCUCCGCAGCAAUGCGCAGCUUGUCAACGGCCCAUCAGGACUGUCCCAAACCUCUCACAUCCACCACGUGCCAGCACAACAGACCAACAACCGCUUGCCGCCAAUCUCGGACGUCUUCCCAGAGCCUCUUCACACUGCGAGAAAUCAUUUCAGCCCUGGCCACUCAUCACACUCAAACCAGCAGCCACCUCUGCCGUCGCCAGGGUUCGCUGCCCCUCACUCAGUACCACCCCCACUGACGUCGAGACCUCGUGAGUACAAGUCAGCUGAGGAGGCAGUGCAAUCACUGUCUGGCGGUCGUGAGGAUCUCCUGCCUCGUCUUGUUCACUACGGCGGCCACCAGCCCCCUACACCGCCAUCACCCAUGCCCAAGAACGGCCAGUCGGCAUACCCCCCGCACGCUGACCUCCACCGCAGCGGUAGCUCAAGGAGGCGUGGCCGUGAUGAGUACGAGCGAGAUGCCGGUACUCCUCCUCUCGGCCGUCAAGCUCCCCGCAUUGGACCAUUCGGAGAGGGCCGCGAUUCUCCAGAGACACAGCAGAAGAAGAAGGAAGAGUUCAUUGGUCUGUGUGCAAGAGCCUGGGAUCUGUUCCAUUCGUAA